AUGUUCAGCGAAGCAAAUAUGAUCAAGGUGGAAAAGGUCUAUCCAUCUUGUCUGGAUGAUUGUUCAUCAACAGAAGAGACUCCUCUUCUGAGGAGUCGCAAACCUGCUGCCCGUCAGAGAAGACGCAGACACCAGAGGUUGGUCAGGGCAGCAGCUGGAGAAGUGACCCACUCCUCACUUCUCACUAAAAAGCCCGUGAUAGGGGAGCAACCGUCUGUGGAAAUGAGGCUCCGCCUCCCAUUUCCACGCUUCUUGUAUCACGGCCGGAGAGCACUGGGGAGGAAACGGAUGGAGACGAGGGAGAGAAGCCGCUCACCUCACCCCCCCCCCUUUGCGGACGAAGUGGAAUGGCCUCCACUUGUCGCCUCCAUGUCUCCGAUUCCAGUGACAAGCCAGUCACCUGUCAUGUCCACACCGGAGAUAUUGGAGGAAAACGUUAACAAGGCCAUAUCACCUGCUGUCUUGAGCCGUUGCUUCCAGCAUCAGGAAGAGACAGCAUCGCUGGAGAAGGGGAGACCCGGCUUGCCUGACUCCAGCCUAGCGCCGAUGGAUUCGGAGGUGGUGGCACAUGGCAGUGAUCUGGCAAAGGUGAUUACACCUAACUGCGUCACCACCCAAGACACCUGUCUGGAGAAUGAUCAAGACAUGCUGGACGCGGUAGGCUUCAAUAGUUAUGGCACCAAUUACAUGAAAUAA